AUGAACGGAAAAGAUUGUCGCAGAUGUCUUGCCCUUUUGUCUCAGAUUGAGCAAAAGGAUGCCAUAAUUGAAAAAUAUCGAAAAAUUACAAAAUACCAGUCCGAUCUUAUUCAAGAUUUAUCUCAUGGAGGAGGAAACUUUGAUCUAACCCCGCCUAUUUUAUCUUAUGAUAAUGAGUUUUUGACAGUGGCAGCUCGAUCAACGGGUAAAUAUGUCGUCAGUCGUUCAUAUUAUCGAACUUAUAUCGGUCCAUUAACCGAUGAUAUUGACAAAGAAACAUUAAAGCAGAGUCUUGAAGCAUCUUUCGGUCCCAUAGAUAGCCUAGAUUUCAUUCCCGGAAAGGGACCAAUAAUUUUUUGGCCUAGUGAUACUAAUUCUAAAACAGUGCAAUGGUUUGCAUAUAUAGAUUGUAACAGUAAUUCUACAGUUUCCGAUAUGAUAACAGCUCAAGGAAACGGAUCCUCUGCUAUAGUUUUAUACUCUACUAAAGAUGAGUCUUGCACGACUCCAUCUUAUUCACCCAAUAUCAAGAUUCCAGUAUUCAAUGAAAAAUAUUCAAACUGUCAGCCACCUAAUGUAGUUAUCAGAGGUAGUAAUAAAACUGGUUCGCAUUCUGAUGGUGGACCUUUCUAUAAGCCUGUUCGUUCUCAACAAGAUCCCGGUGUCAUUUCAAAUAAUGAUUCUGGUCAAAGUCAAAAACAUGUUGGUAUAGCAAAAACUGUAUUAGAAAGUUUUCCUGUUUAUUUAUUCUCCCUACGAAAUAAUCCUGAUGCCAAUAAAGAUUUGGAAAGUGGUAAAGACAUUAAAGACACAGAGUCGAAAGAGAUGCAAAUUGAUGAUAAAAAUAAUAUACCAUUAAAUGAAUUAUCACAAGAAACUAAUGGUUCAAAUUCAAAUAAUUCAAUUUCUAAUAAAGUUACAGAGGAACAAUUAACUUGCCCAAUUUGUCUGGGUGAUUUUGAAUCUGGUGAAGAGUUGAGAAUUUUACCAUGUCAUCAUCAAUAUCAUACUUCUUGCAUCGAUCCAUGGCUUCUUGAAAUUUCUACUUUAUGUCCCAUGUGUAAGGCUGAUUACACAUCUUGGAAUGAAGAAGCAUCUACAUCACAAAGUAAAGCGUCAACAACAGUAGUACCUACUACUCAAAAUGAAUCCGAUGCUACGACUUCACAAUCACACUCUUCACAUGCUUUCCCACAUUUCCGAUGGAUAAAAUAUUUAACUUCUGCUCGUCGUGCCAGAAGUGAACGAAGGCGCAAUAGGCGUCCACGAAAUGGACAUUCUGAUAACGCCAAUCAAAAUGAAUCUUGA